UUUGUGUCCCGUGUGGUGUGGAGCGAGCCUUGACGGUCACCAGACGCGCUCGGCGUCCGCACAGUGCCGAUGUCACAGUCCGGCGCAGUCCUUCCCCGUCCAUACCGCGCGAGGGCGCCUGUCCAGCACUGCUGCGAACCGUCGGACAACCAACGGCCCGAGUAACGGCCCGUAAACGCUGCCAGUCGCCGGUCGCCGCCGGUCGCGGGGCAAUGCGACGGUAAUGGGCGUUUUGCGGUCGCUGCGGCGGCGACAUGUGUGCCUAGCGCUGCUCAGUGGCCUGGAUCGAGGCGGGCGCGUCUGACCGGCCGGCUGACCCGUCCGUCAAGCCGCGGCGGCAGGACCGGGCCCGAUCCGUAAACAGUUGACGGCCCGCGAGCGGCGGAUGAAAGGCCCGCUUGACGCUCCGACCGAAUUCACACCGUACCGUAGUCAAUAUCAUGAGCAUCACGGGCGAGUUUGUCGAGCGACUGCGGACCGAGUUCGCGGCCGACCCGAAGAACCGUCUGGCGCAGAACAUCUGCACCAAGUAUGACCCGAAAGAGGCGGCCAGGUCGCGCAGCGCCCUCGAGGAGGUUAACCACGUGUUCCAGCACAAGGUGGACGAGGUGCGGCCGCGCACCUGCCAGGGCUCCACCGGUCGGUGCUGGAUCUUCGCCGGACUCAAUGCCAUGCGCAUCCCGCUCAUGAAGAAGCUCGACAUUGAGGAGUUCGAGUUCAGCCAGGCCUACCUGUUCUUCUGGGAUAAGGUGGAGCGGUCCAACUACUACCUGCACACGGUGGUGGAGACGGCGCGGCGCGGCGAGCCCGUCGACGGACGGCUGGUCAGCUUCCUCCUCUCGAGCCCCGUGUGUGACGGCGGCCAGUGGGACAUGCUGCUCAACCUCAUCAACAAGUACGGCGUCAUGCCGAAAAAGUGCUUCCCCGAUGCGCACAACUCCAAGUCCUCGGGCGUCAUGAACACGAUUCUCGCCAGCAAGCUGCGGGAGUACACCCGCGACCUGCGCCACCUGGUCGAGAAGGGCGCCACCGAGGCAGACGUCGAGUCGACCAUCAAAGAACAGAUGACGCACAUCCACCGAAUCGUCUCCAUCUGCAUGGGCAUGCCGCCGGCCUCCUUCACCUGGGAGUACUACGACAAGAACAAGGCCUACCACAAGGUCGGGCCCGUCUCGCCGCUCGACUUCUACGAGGAACACGUCAAGCCGCACUUCAACGCCUCUGACCUGGUAUGCCUGAUCCACGACCCGCGUCCGGGCCACAACACGGGCGACGCGUACACGGUCGACUGUCUGGGCAACAUGGUGGGCGGUCGGCGCACCAUCUACAACAACCAGCCGGCCGAGCUGCUGGCGCGCCUGGCGGCCGCCUCCAUCAAGGAGGGCAACCCCGUCUGGUUCGGCUGCGAGGUCACCAAGGCGUUCGCCGGCAAACUGGGCAUCCAGGACCCGCUCAUCCACGACUACAAGCUGGUGUUCGGCACGGACGUCUGUCUGCCGAUGACCAAGGCCGAGCGGCUGAUGCACGGCGAGUCGAUGAUGGACCACGCCAUGUGCUUCACGGGCGUCACGCUGGACGAUGACGGCACGCCGGUGAAGUGGCGCGUGGAGAACUCCUGGGGCGAGGAGUACGGCGACUCGGGCUACCUGGUCAUGUCGCACAGCUGGUUCAUCCAGUUCGUGUUCGAGGUGGUGGUGCACAAGAAGUACGUCCCGGAGGAGGUGAUGGCCGUGUUUGAGAAGGAGCCCACCGUGCUGCCCGCCUGGGACCCGCUCGGAGCUCUGGCCCGUGUGUAGGCGGACCGGACGCACUGGCGCCACCGGAGGAGCCGCCGCCGCCGGCUCGCUGGCACCGCGCCGCGGAAUCCAGCGACCGCCGGCAAUGACCAUUCUCGGCUGGCUGGGAGACUGAUUGGCCUGCUGCUGACUUCUGAACCCGGUGUGGAUAUGGCGUGGAUAUCAUGAAUGUGAACUCACUAUUUACUCUCUGGCAACGACACGAAUCAGUUUGGGUGUAUACUGAUCAAGGAACGUUCGCCAUAAUUGAACGAACGCUAUUAGAGAUACUUAACCUAUAGAAAGAUCCUUUGAAUCAAAGUGGUUUCAUAUCAAAUCUAGCCUAUUUUCUUUGGCCUAGUCUGACCUUGGAGGAGAUCGGACGGUUUGACUGAGUGACCUCCCAGGACAUCGGGUACUCGGUCGCGGACCAUGUUGGCAGCGUCGCAACACGGUGCCUGGUGCCUGAGCGUGGCGGGCGGUCCGCAGACGGCCAUGGCGAGCAUUGUUAAGUACAACGCUGGUCGAGGAGCCAGUACGGGGCGGCGGGACUAGGCACGAGCGCCGCACGCGGCAGCCCUCAGCUCGGUCUCGCGAUUCCGCCGCCGCCGCGCGCCAAGAUCGGAUGGUUGGCGGGUGUCGCGCUGGGCCGGCGAACCGUCGCGCGCCCCAAGAUCUGACGGUGGGUGUUUUGCCAAUGGACGGGCGGACCGGGACGGCCGGUCGGUGUUCGUGACGGGGUGCCCCGGGACUGGUAAUCAGCCGGCGCCGAGCUGUGGUCCUGACGUUCUCAGGAGCGGCUGGCCACAGCCCCGAUAACGACUGCGCGACCCAUCCUACUCCAACGGGCGUCCGCGCACGUCCCCCGUUUGUCGCCGAGGCAACUUCUGUGAAUACAUAUACGAGUGGUGGCUUAA